GCAGGACGCACGGCUGCGCUCUGCGCUGUGCGCUCUGGAACUCAUCCACAGCUUGUCUGCCUGGACUCAGCUCGGCAUAACUCGGCUCGGCUCGGCUCGGCUCGGUCAGUGCUGUACCCUCUCGGGCAGUGUGUGUGUGUGUGUGUGUGUGUGACAGCGUCUCCUCUCCAGCCAUGUGCAGCUCUGGAGUGCGGACUGCGCCACAAUGCUGCGGGACGUGAGCGUGGAGAGAACAGCGCAGAGCUCCGCAGCAGAGAAAACUCCUCCAGUGUCAGUGGAUUAUUACAGUUAUUACAGCGCGGGCUGCUGUGUUCACUCACCUCCAUGAUCGACAGGACACACACACUCAGUCAAGAUGGAAAAACCUGGUGGAGGCGGGAGGCGUCGAGAACCCGGCAUCACCUGAAGAACUGGAAGGUGAUGUUGUGGGUGAUGGCGUCAUUGCUGACCCUGGUGGACGAUGUUUUUUCUGACGAGGACAGUAAGGAAGCUCAGUCGGACGUCCAGCGUGUCCUCAGGCAGCCGUCCUGGUCUCGGACAGAGGACAUGGGACAGGACAGCAAUGUCCACAUACCCUGGCCCGAUGACUUUGAAGAGUGGUCACUGAUGCAAGAAGAGGAAUUCCAGCAGGGCAGAUGGCGGCGUUCUGCCCGGGACCCGAACUCACCCAGAACAUCAAGGCGGAACCGAAAGAAGACCAAGAGCAGCCGCGACUGCCAUUUGGAGAGGAAGGAAAUGCGGGUGCGAGAUCUUGGCCUUGGGUAUGAUUCCGACGAGAUAGUCCUCUUUAAGUACUGUGUUGGCACGUGCCACAGCUCCCGCAGGAACUAUGACCUGGCCCUCAAGACUCUGAUGGACAACGGGAGCAUCUCUGGCAAAAAGGUCAUCGGUCACCCCUGCUGUCGGCCUACUCGCUAUGAGACUGUGUCCUUCAUGGACGCGCAGACUUCCUGGCAGACGAUUAAGUGGCUCUCGGCGGCCAACUGCAGCUGUGUGGGCUGAUGACACAGAGCGGUGACGAUCUGCAAUGCACUAACGCAGACAAGCUCUGGUGUGAAAGAGCAGGAUGUUGAGAGGCUCUGCGUCUUCACUGGAUCACCUGGUUCCUGUGGUCUGAGGUUCACGCCUGUGAGUGCCGGGUCCAGGGCCUUCCCUCCGCUCACAGCUUGGCAGUGGUUCAUGGAGGUUCACGUACCUUCAGACAGAGCCUGAUGGCACCAGCAGGCUAUGUGGAUGUGUGCCUUCAACCUGAGGAAGUGGAAGGUUUGUCUCAAUUUCACCAGCAA